AUGGGGGGCUGGACCGGCUUCCUCAUCACCUACCUCCUAGGAGGCCUGACCUUCCUGCCCUUGGAUGCCGAAACGAAUCGCGACGCUGUCGCCGACGCCGCCAACACUGCCGCUGGCGGUCCGGGCUCCAUCGUCCAGCCCGGCGACGACCUCACCGCUCUCGAGGCCGUGAAGGCCGCUGGCAAGGACGAUGCCACCGCGGCGGCCACGAAGCGCUCGGCGCAGGAUAACGAUGUAGCGGCGGGGUACUUUGCGUGUGCAGAGAGUAACUCCAUGGGCAUCAACGCGAAGCCCAUCGAGAGGUCCACCCCGACCGGCUCGACUACCGUCGCCACGCCGAGCCAGAGCGUCUAUCAGACCAUGUACAGGAGCAUAUUCGAGCGGAAACCGACGCAGGCCCCUUGGAUAACAGGAACGGGCUGA